UCCUCUACAUACCAUCAAUAAAGAUGUCUAAAUUUCUCAAGCAAUUGCGUGUUAAAGGUCCCUUCAUCGGUGACUAUGCUGUCCCCAAAAUGUCUAGGGGUCCCUUCAUUGGUGACUACGCCAAACCCAGACCUAUGGGAAGAUUAAUGAGUCGUAGAUUCUAUUCCAAUUACGUUCCUCACGAUUAUUCUUCUAGUAUUAAGAAUGGAUACGCCGACAUCAAUACGUUUGAACUGAUGUCUAAACUUGGUAAGGUAUACCUACAAGAAUUACCUAAUUUCUUUGGAGCUUUACUUACUGUAUCUACUAUAAUGUUGGUCUGGCCUGCUACUGUUAGAGGGGCUAGUAACUUUUUUGAUGAUGUGCCUAGAGACAAAGGUGCUCAAGUACAUUUAAAGAAUUUUGGAUUAUUUGGUGAUGAACCUGUGGUAGAUAUUCCACAGACUUAUGCACAAUUGAGUCCCAAAUUGGUUGCUAUCGAUGAGUAGUUACAUAAUAAGUAAUAAUUAUAUAUUAAGAG